AUGAACCGAUCUCCCUCCUCCUCCUCAUCGCAGCGGGAAGAUGCCGCCGAGACGACUGCAGACGAAGAAGAUUCCGAAGACUACUGCAAGGGCGGAUACCAUCCCGUACAGGUCGGCGAACAAUUCAAGGAGGGGAAGUACACUGUGGUGCGCAAGUUGGGAUGGGGUCAUUUCUCCACCGUCUGGCUUUCCAAAGACAAUGUCACGCAGAAGCAUGUCGCGUUGAAGGUGGUACGCUCAGCCGCGCAUUACACUGAAACGGCCAUAGACGAAAUCAAGCUGCUCAACAAGAUCGUUGCCGCGAAGCCGGAUCACCCUGGUCGGAAACACGUCGUCAGUCUGCUGGAUUCCUUCGAGCAUAAAGGUCCCAAUGGCACACACGUUUGCAUGGUUUUUGAGGUGUUGGGGGAGAACCUGCUGGGUCUGAUCAAGCGAUGGAACCAUCGUGGUAUCCCGAUGGCGCUCGUCAAGCAAAUCACAAAGCAAGUCCUCCUGGGUCUGGAUUACCUACAUCGAGAGUGCGGGAUUAUACACACGGAUUUGAAGCCAGAGAACGUGUUGAUAGAGAUUGGGGACGUAGAGCAAAUCGUCAAGACAUACGUUAAAGACGAGCCAAAGAAGGAGAACAAGGAUGAUAACCCAAAUGGACGAAGAAGACGUCGGACACUCAUCACUGGCAGUCAACCUUUACCAAGUCCUUUGAACGCCAGUUUCAACCAUGCGGAGCUGCUCCGGUAUCCAGGCAGUUCGGCAAAUUCGCAUACGAGUCUGAAUCAGAUGAUGCACGAAGGUAAUGAAUCUCCUGUCAAGACUAAGAGUGCACCACCACAAGAUCCUGUCCUAAUGACAGGUGCAAUAGGCGGAUCUCCAAAGAGCGAAAAGGAGGAUGAGGAGAAGCACAAGCAACGAGAAAAGACUGCUGAUCUACUUACCCGUGAAGUCUCUGGUAUCUCCCUCGAUAAGUCAAACGAUCAGAAGGAGCCUACCGGAUUUGAGAAGAUAUCAGUCAAGAUUGCAGAUUUGGGGAACGCCUGCUGGACUACACACCACUUCACAAAUGAUAUCCAAACAAGACAAUACCGGUCACCAGAAGUCAUUUUGGGCUCGAAAUGGGGUGCUAGUACUGAUGUUUGGAGUAUGGCUGCGAUGGUCUUUGAGUUGAUCACAGGCGACUAUCUCUUCGAUCCUCAGUCCGGUACCAAGUACGGCAAAGACGAUGACCACAUAGCCCAAAUCAUCGAACUACUCGGCCAAUUCCCCAAAUCCCUCACAAUGUCAGGAAAAUGGUCUCAGGAAAUCUUCAACCGAAAAGGCGAGCUCCGAAACAUCCACCGACUUCGUCAUUGGGCCCUUCCAGAUGUUCUGAAGGAGAAAUACCACUUCAAGGAAGAUGAGGCUAGGAAGGUUUCGGAAUUCUUGACCCCGAUGCUGGAGUUGGUUCCGGAUAAGAGAGCGAAUGCUGGUGGAAUGGCAGGAGCGGAGUGGUUGGAGGAUACAGUGGGGAUGAAGGGAGUUCUGAUCAAGGGGUUGGAAGUAGGAAGUAAAGGGGAAGGAAUCGAAGGAUGGAGUUGCGAAGUGAAGAAGCGGUAG